AUGGAGAGUUAUUAUUCAGCUUCUAACAGAGCCUUACAUUUUAAAAGUUCAUCAUGUGUGAAGCAAUUUAGGAAAAGCGGAUACGAGCCAUCCGACACAGACACCGAUUGGCAGGAAAGUCCAAGCCUGGAAUUGAAUCUUGAAAAUGUAUUAACGUUCGAUGUGAGUUUAAAUCGUAGAAGGCCAAGCAAGUCCCCUUAUACAUGGAGACACAAGGGUGAUGUUCAAUUUCCACCACUUGAUCUACGAAAACAACGUGUUAGUAGAAAUGCGAGCCCCUUUUCAAAAUCCGAGUAUCGUAAAUCACCAAAUGUUCGUAGAAAUGUCAGUCCCUUUUCAAAAUCUGAAUACCGACGCAGACAUGAUACGCAAAGCUUUUCGAGUUCAAAUAGGAAGCAAAAUAAUGAUGAGGGUGCAGUUACUGCCAAAGCAAAUUAUAGUCACAGGGCUCUUUACGACACUUCCAGGGAUCGAAGCAGAGUAGAAAAGGAAAAUUCGCGCAAAAGUGAACCUUCAGUAGGUGAAAUGAAUGUAAUGUUAGCCAAUGCAAAGAGCUUAAGAGGCCCCAAUAAUGCCAUUAGUCUUAAUACUAAUAAUAUGUUUCAAAGUACUGAAUCUAUUUCACCAAGUGAUAUUUUCUUUACUAAGGGGUGUUCUGUUUUCACCCAAUCAAGCAAGUGCGAUCCAAUGCCCCGAGCAUCGAGUGAUAGGAAUGUCAGUUCUGUCAACAAAAUCAAUCAGAACGGCAUUAGGAUUAUUUCAUCUAGUACAAUUCUGACCCGAACGAGGACUAUGAACUCAAGCUCUACUAUAAGUAGGCAGAGCAGUAAUCUAAGUAGAAGUGCGAAAAAGUUCACAGUAAAAAUGCAAGUUAAGAGUCAAAAAGAAGCAUGGUGUUCUUGUAUCAAGAAACGAUAUUCAUGUAGAAAUUCAAGAAAAGAUCAAUCUCCCGAAAGAGGGAGGCAUAUCGAUGAAGCUUCGUUAAUUGAGAAGGCAUUUGUUGUUGAAAGAUUGAGACAAUUCUGGGCGGAUAAGUAUCAACCUGCUUCAUUGGAGGGAUUGGAGGGAUUCACUUGCCACAAGCAACAAGCUUUACUACUUAGUCAUCUUGUAUCUUCAAAUGAACCACUCCCACACAUCUUGUUAAAGGGUCCUUCAGGAUCUGGAAAAAGAGCACUCUCAAUGGCUCUUCUGCUUGAAAUCUAUGGAGAUGCAAUUUGCAAUGAAAUGAGGGCAAUGCAAGUUGUUGUACCAGUAAGCUCAAGUCCUCACCAUACGGAGCUCAAUGUUCAUUUGGAGCCUAAUGCUAGAUAUGCAUUAAUGGCUUUGGUUCAGCAAAUAAGUAGUGAAUAUGCACUGGCCUCAGAAAUAAGCAGAGUUAAUGUGAAGGCAGAUUCCAAAGUAAUAGUUCUUUAUGAUGUGGAUAAAGCUGUUGAGAACAUGCAGCACUUAAUAAAAUGGAUCAUGGACCGUUAUUCAGAUGCUUGUAAGCUUAUUCUCUUGUGUGAAAGUGGUGCAUCUAUAAUUGAGCUAGUGAAAAGUCGCUGCACAACUAUUGAAGUAGAAGCUCCCUUAACUCAUGAAAUCAUGGAAGUUCUCAUUGAAAUAGCAAGAAAGGAAGACCUUGAAUUAUCUAGAGGCUUUGCUGCUAAGAUAGCUACCAAAUCAAAGCAAAACUUGCGCAGAGCAAUUAUGGCUCUUGAAGCAUGCAAAGCACACUACUAUCCGUUUGCGGAGGAUCAACCAAUCUCAGUAGGAUGGGAAGAAGCUGUAGUAGAACUUGCAGCAGAGAUUCUAGCUGAUCCAACUCAAACAAGGUUAUUCUCUAUUCGAGGCAAGUUCCAAAAACUUCUGGCGGAGUUUGUGCACCCAAAACUUAUUCUCCUGAAACUUGUUGAACAAUUCCUCAAGAAGGUUGAUGCAGGUUUAAAAAGGGAAAUAUAUUAUUGGCAUGCUUAUUAUGACAAAAGACUCCCAAUUGGAACAAGCGCUCUAUUAAAAUUAGAAGAAUUCGUAGCAAAAUUUAUGAGCAUGUACAGGAAACAGUCAGGCAACAUUCACCAGUUACCCUAACAUUGAGGCAAGUCAGACUAAAAGGAGGCUAAAAAUUCAGGCAACAAUUCUGUCCAUUUCAAGUGCAAAUAUUUAAUGGUAUUAAAAAGCACCUGAUUGAAGUUUCCUAGAGUUUCUGCAGUAAAAUUGAUGCAUAUGAGUAGCCCUUGUAUUAUGUUCUUCUAUUAAAAAAAAUGAGAAACUUAU